CAAAACGCUUACAUCUCUAUAUCUCUGUUCUCUCCCAAUACACUCCUCUCUAGUCUUUACUAUUCACAAAAUUCACCCGUCUCUCUCUCUCUCCCUCUCCCCCCCCCCCCCCCCUCUCUCUCUCUAUAUAUAUAUAUAUCUCUCUUGUUUUUCUUGAUUAUGAAACAGAUAUAAGCUAUACAGACAGAGAGAUUGUAAGCAAUGUCGUCGCCUGUGCCAAUAAAAUCGCAACAGCUUCACAACUUUUCAUUACCUCAAUUGAAGUGGAACAAGAAGCACAACACCAGUCUCCACCGUCGCCGCCGCCCCACAGAAUCGCCGCCGCACCCCCACCGGUCUCCGAUCAGAGACGCAGAGUCCGAUCACCAGAAAGAUGAUGUCGAGAAAUCGGAGAAAGAUUCGAAAGCAAAGAUUUAUAUUCGGAUAAAAAAGACUACUAAAGCAGCUGAAUCAGCUGAUGAGGACACCGUAAAAAGAUCAGUUGAUGAUGAUCAGGAUUUGAAAAAAGAUGAAAUUGAAGGGGAGAAAGGAGGGGUUGUUGAAAAUUGCGAAAUUGAAGAGGUUGAGGAGCCGAAAACCUGGAAUUUGAGGCCAAGAAGGGCUGUGAAGAAGGGGAUGAAUGCGGAUAAUAGCGGACCAAUCAAGGCACAGGAGAAUAGAACUCGAAGUCGACCUGAUGUUGUCAGUAGUAGUAACAAUGGUGAGAAGAAAGACAAGAAACAGAAGUUUUCGGUUAGUUUAAGUCGAGAAGAGAUCGAAGAAGACUUUUUAAUAAUGACCGGAUCAAAGCCUCCUAGGAGACCGAAGAAGAGAGCUAAGACGGUUCAGAGACAGAUUGAUAAUGUGUUCCCUGGCUUGUGGUUAGGGUCGGUAACGCCUGAUUGCUAUAAAGUUCCUGAUCCUCCUAUAAAGGGUUAAGUUAUGUUGGUAGUCUCGGAUUGUUUUGUUGAUGCAAGUUAAUGGAGUCGUGGCUGUUAGAAUAUCGGGUUGCGUAAGUGGUAGUCUUGGAGUUCUAGUAAUGCAAGUUAGUGGAGUUGAGGCUAGCGGAAGACUGGAAUGCAUAUGAAGAUAUAACUGCGAUUUAGAAACUAUAGGAUGGAAGGUUUAAUAAGUGUAUCUUUUUCUUUGAACUAUUUUCUCUUUUUUGAUAUGAAGUUGACAAAUUAUAGAAAAAGUUUUUGGGUUUUUAAUCUUCUGAAUAGUUGCAGUUGUAUAUAUGACUGAUGCAAUGACAAUGUUGGGGUUAAUCAUAUAUAUUUUAUGUUC